AUGGCCAAGUCCAAAGCUGCAAAGCGCAAGCGCAAUGCGCAAGUCGAUCUUCCGCAAAAAAUUCCAAAGGCCGCCCCUGUCCUGACGCCUCCUCCCGAUGGCGAGCCCAAGCACAUCAACGCAGUCGUCGCAGACGAGGAUCUCGAAAUUACCAUCGACACACUCACGGCCCUUGCGGAACAUCCCAGUUUGACCAAGUCGAAGGCAUGCAAGGAUCUCCGGGUUGCGGUUUAUAACUUCCGUCAGGCAUGCACGACAGGUGUUAAUAAUGCUGAGGGCGCAAACCUGACGGCGCGGAUAACCGGUGCCCUGGCCGACGAGAAAUACAUCGAAGCAAAGGUCCUGCUCGCCGAGAUGAGGAUCAGAGGUGAGCAACCCAAGAUCGGAGCCUUGUGUCGCUGGGUGCGGGAUCUGGACGUCGUCAGCGGCCUCUCGACGCAGCCUGGUGUCGACCAUGUCCCGCGUGAACGCAGCGCAAAGGACAUGGAACUGCUCGGCGUACUCGAUGCCAUUCUGCGCAUCAGCACCCCGAUUGACACCAGUCCGAAUGCCGUCGAUUCAACAUCCCCCAUCGCCUUCCAGUCUAUCUGGGACCUCCGGCCAGAAACAACACCACUCCCGGUGUACGCCUCAGUCCUCGACAAGUCAAUCAUGGCCGACGCGCCAAAGUCUCCCGAUGCCCUCCGCGUUAUUGAAGAAACCCCCGGCCCACUCCGCAAACCUCCAAACCACCAUCCCGCCCUCCUCUACACUACCGCCCCGAACGCCGUGCCGCUAGCUCCCGUCGGCCCGACCAUAACAUACCACCCACAUCCCGCCGUGCCAGGUCUUGGUCUCGCCAUGAAUGUCCUCUCUCCCACUGAGUGCAAGGCCAUCAUUGCGGCCGGUGAAUCCGUCAACUUCCUGCCUGAUGUGCCCCUCCGCGAAGACGGAGACAUGAGCAUUCUUGCCCACAACUUCUACUGGGUCAUCGACACCACCUUCCACGAUAUGCUCUGGGCACGAAUUUCCCGUUAUGUUCCGCCCUCCAUCAACGGCCGCCUAGUCCGGGGCAUCAAUCGCCGCUUCCGUGUAUACAGAUACGUUCCCGGCGCUGAAUACCGAUGCCACAUUGACGGGGCCUGGCCGCCGUCCGGCAUCCUCCCCGACGACACAUACGUGUACGACUCUUCACCCGAGGACAAGAGACAGAGCUCCAUGUACACAUUCCUACUAUAUCUCAACGAUGAGUUCGAGGGCGGAGAGACGACCUUCUUCAUGCCGGCCGCGCGCGAGGGAACCCUCAACGCAUACCCAGUGCGACCUGUGAUGGGAUCCGUGGCGAUUUUCCCGCACGGCGAGGCGAACGGCGCAUUGCUCCAUGAGGGAACGGGAGUAAGGAAGGGCGCAAAGUAUAUCAUCCGGACAGACGUAGAGUAUGACGUGAAGCCUUCCGAGGAGUGA